AUGAAGGGGCCAACGCUAGCGGUUGUUGCCGCUGCUCCUCCCGAGGCAAAGGGAGGACACGAGCAGCAGACCCCCCACAAAGACCACCUGCUGCUGCUGCAGCAGCCGCAGCAGCGGCAGCAAGCGACUGAGCAUGAGCAAGGCGAAGCCCAGGUUGAUAAGCGGCACCAGGAUGAGCAGCAGCUGCAGCAGCAGCUGCAGCAGCAGCAGCAGCAGCAACAGCAAUCGCAGCAGCAAAGCUCGAAGACCGAGUGGAGAGUUAAGUACCGCUGUGGGGGUGCAGUCCACUGCAAGACCUUCUCCGCACAGACGUUUGGGGCUGAGAUUGCGCAUGCGUUGGCUCUCUGGUAUCGACAAAGAGUCUCUUCAGAGGGGGUGGUUCCCUCACAGGCGCAGAUUGAGGUGUAUGCGGCGAUGCUGGCUGCAGCAAACGCAGACGGAGAGUCUUCGUCAGCAGCUGCAGCAGCUGCAGCAGCACCAGCAGCACCAGCAACAGCAGCAACAACAGCAGCAACAACAACUGCUGCUUCUGUAGAUGCAGCAGCAGACGCGCCUGCUUCUCCUGCCGCCGAGGAAAUGAAAGAAAGAGUCACGAAAGGAGGCUCUGCAGCUCCGCAGGCCCCUACAACGCUGUCUUCUGCUGUCGUUGCUGCUGCUGCUGCUGCCGCCGCAGCAACGGCCAGUUCAGCAGCAGCAGCCGCAGCAGCCACGCCGGUACUGAAGGCAGCAGCCCCCAAUUUGAAUAUGUGCGGGGCAAGCCUCGAGUUGGGGCCGCCCCUUCUAAAGAGGGGGCGGGAGCAGCAGCAGCAGCAGCAGCAGCAGCAGCAGCAAAAGGGGCAAACAAAAGGCAGCCCGCAGCAGCAAUGCCAAAAACCAGCAACUGCUGCCGCAGCAGCAGCAACUGCCACUGAUUCUCCCCCGUGUGCUACUGCAGGCCCCGCGGCUUCCGUGCCUCAGUCAGACGUUGCUGCGGCACCGACUGCCGGGGGCGCUGCAGCUGCAGCUGUACCCGCAGCAACAGGCGCAGCUGCAGCAGAAGGCCCCCCGUGCGCUGCAACUGCAGAACCAAAGCGUGGCUCAGCUUCUGCGCUGCCGCUCGCGCUGCUGUCGCCACUGCCGUCCGCUGACGACACGGAAUGGCGGUGGCAAUCGCAGCAGCAGAAAGAGCAACAGCAGCAGGAGGAACAGCAACAGGAAGCCGUGCAUUCAGCAGCAGCAGCAGCAGCAGCAAAGGGAGAACCUGCAACAGAAACAGCUGCAGCCGCAUCCCAGUCGUCUGGUACUCAGGAUGAGCAGCAGGAGCAAGAUUCAUCGCAGCAAGAACAGCAGCCAGAAGUGCAGCAGGAGCAGCAGCAGGAGCAGCAGCAAGAGCAGCAGCAGCAGCGACGGGUGCUGCUGCGGCGCAGCAGCAGACCUCCCCGUCGGUCUUCACCGGCUGCAGUUGCUGUCCAAGGCCCCAACAGUCCCCGCAUACACACAGGAAACAACAACGCCUCCUUCCAUGCAGACAAACAGGCGGGUUUUGGCGUCUGUUGA